CAGUUCCCUCUGUAAAUAGGUUGAGGCGGUAGCCACAGCACUGACAGUCACCAUGGUUCAAUUCAAGAGCAUCAUCGCCCUUCUUCCCCUCUUCCUCUCCGCCUCUCUCGCCUCUCCCUCCGCCAGGAAUAACCUCGAAAGCCGCGAAAGCUGCGAGUACACCUGCGGAAGCACCUGCUACUGGUCUAGCGAUGUCAGCGCAGCUAAGGCCAAGGGAUACUCUCUUUACGAGUCUGGAGAUACUAUUGACGACUACCCGCAUGAGUACCACGACUAUGAGGGCUUCGAUUUCCCUGUUAGCGGCACCUACUACGAGUAUCCUAUCAUGAGCGACUACGAUGUUUAUACUGGUGGCUCGCCCGGAGCGGAUCGGGUGAUUUUCAACGGAGACGAUGAAUUGGCGGGUGUGAUUACGCAUACGGGUGCUAGUGGUGAUGACUUUGUGGCUUGCUCUUCUUAGGAGGGUGUGG